GACCGGAAGCGGAUUUCGGGAGCCGUCAUGGCGGUAAUUGGGUGCUGAAAGGGGAGAGGCCGGCCGUCGUUGGGGCAGGGAGGUCGUGCUCGUGAAUCGCUGUCUCGCUUGUGUGGCGCGCGACAGCUUUCGCAAGUCCCAGCUUUCUCCAGUCGGCCCCGGUCCAGAAGCCCAGGACUACAACGCCAAUCGUCCUCCAUCCUAGUGGACCGAUAUGGCCGUGGAUGAUGGGAAAUGAGUCAAGUGUCUUCGGAGGGCUAAGACUCCCCCCAGAUUUGUGAGAUGAGCUUGGAUGUAAAAAAGCAACUGUGAACUAAAGUGUGCAGUACUUAGUUUUGGAUGAAUAUCUAUCAUAUUUCUCUGCUACCCGUUAAGCUGAAAAUGCACUGAAUUCCCAAAGAAGGAGUGGGACAGGACCACAGCCAUGGAUGAGGAGAGCUUGGAAACAGCAAUUCAGACUUAUAAUGCUCAGUUGCAGCAGGUAGACCUGGCUUUGGGAGCUGGUCUGGACCCAGCAGAACAGUCUGACCUAAUCCAGCUGCAGGCUGAUCUAAGGCAGCUGAUAGAACUGACAGAAGCCAGCCUUGUCUCAGUGAAAAAAAGCAAGCUCUGUUCAGUUUUGGACUCUGAGGCACUUUCUACUUCUUCGUCCACCCAUCCACAACAAAACAGCUGUGAAGCUGGCCAUCUGAGUGCUGAUGAUGAAUAUGCUGCUUUUAAGGAAGCCAUUGCAGAAAUUGGGGGUGAAGAUGGUCCAUUAAGAACUCAUGAUGAGAGAGAUGGAAUGGGUGAUGAUGAGGAAGAACAGGAGGAGGAGGAGGAGGAGGAAGAAGAAGAAAUAGCCAGUGGGAUGAAAGUGAAAGCCCCCUACUACAGUUCCUGGGGAACCCUUGAGUACCAUAAUGCCAUGAUUGUAGGGAGUGAGUGUUUGGAAGAUGGAAGUCCUGGAGUUAGAGUGCUCUACCUCUACCCAACUCACAAGUCCUUGAAACCAUGUCCCUUUUUCUUGGAUGACAAAUGUCGAUUUAAAGAGAAUUGCCGGUUUUCCCAUGGGCAGGUGGUAUCCACAGAAGAGCUGCGUCCCUUCGAAGAGCCUGACCUCAGUUGCCUGGCUGUGGGGUCAGCCUGCCUGGCGAGACAUCAGGACGGGAUCUGGUACGCUGCUAAAAUCACAGACAUUGACAGCGGUUACUACACAGUGAAAUUUGACUCGCUGCUAUUGAAGGAAGCAGUGGUGGAAGGGGAUGGCAUAAUUCCUCCCCUACGUAGUGAGGAGAGCUGCUCUUCCUCGGAGUCAGAAGGCGAUGAAUUGGAUAGCGCUGCAUACGCGAAAGGUAAAAGAUACUGGGGGCACCAGCGGUGCUUUUCUGACUUUUCCAGUGCCCUGGAAUGGCUGCGUUUGCUUUGCACCCUCCCAGCUGCUUUACCUCCUGAGUCUGUCUCUGGCCACCAUGGCUGGAAAUUCAUAGCCCCAUUUCUUACUGUUUUAAGGUGAAAAAUGGGAAAACUGUCAUUUAAAUCCUAAAAUUA